UACCCUGUAAAUUCACUGCCACAUCCCACCCUUCAAACCAAAAUACAGUCAUACAAACAUAACUGUUUCUUGGUAGAAAUACGAAUGGGACAAAGUAACAUGACGAAUAAAACGGAAAAGAUAGAAACAAUUAUUCAAUACAAGAAAGGUGCUGUUUUGGUUAUUCGUUUUAAUAAACCCAAAAAGAAAAAUGCUCUGGAUACUAAUAUGUAUAUAGAAGUCGCAGAAAUCUUACAUAGAGCCACAAAAGAUGACGAGAUUGAUGCUGUUGUUAUUACUGGAACUGGAGAUUUUUAUUGCAGCGGGAAUGAUUUGACAUUCAUUCCAAAAACUGAUGAAGAAUACUUUCAGUUUAUGAAAGCAUUGAGAAAUUUUAUAAGAGCUUUCAUUAUAUUCCCCAAAUUACUUAUUGCUUUAGUAAAUGGACCUGCUGUUGGAAUAGCUGUAACUAGUUUACCAUUAUGUGACUUAGUAUUAGCUUCAGACAAAGCAUAUUUUUCUACUCCAUUUUCGAAGUUGGGCUUUGUAGCAGAAGGUUGUUCUACAUUCACAUUCCCAAGAUUAAUGGGAGAUAGAAAGUAUGAACAUGACGAUAUAAUCCAGAGUAAAGCAUGGGACAAAAUAAAAGAAAUUAUAGAAAUACCUACAAUGCCAAUUGUAGCAACUAAGAAGUUGAUACGAGAUCAAAUUAAGGAGCAAUUGCUAAAGAUAAAUGAUAAAGAAUUAGAGGAAAUUAUUAGGAUAAGAACAAAUAAAGUAAUGAAAUUUGAAACUGAGAAAAGCAAGUUAUAACAGACUUUUUAAAUAACGAUACACUAAUUACUACCUACUAAAGCAAAUUUUUUGUUUAUAUACUGAUGUUAUUCAUAUUAUAUUAGGGUGUUUAGAAAAGACUGGGAAUUAUAAGUGUUAUUCAUAGUUUGAGUAGUUCUAUUCUGAAUAUCAUUGUUUUGUCUUUAUAAUUUACCUGUUGUAUAUUUAUGAGUAUUUACAUGUUGAAUAUUUAUAUUACUCGGUCACAUGUCUUCUCAUCUUGUGAGUCUGAGAGUGUGACACACAAGAUCCAUUCAUCAUGUGAUUAAUAUAAAUUGAUUGAUAUAUUAUUAUUGUUGAUAUAUCAGAAUGAAAAUUUUUAAUAUUUUAAUAUACAUAUAAAUGUCAUAUAAUACUGAGAAGGCAUACAUAGGACACACUAUAAGUUUUGCGUUACUUAUAAAUAAAAUGAAAAUGAAAAUACUAUAUUUAUUCUAAGUAUUCUUCUACUCUUUUAAUACAUUUUUAUUUGAUAAAACCAUUUUUCAAAAUAAUACAUCUGAGGUAUGUUUUUUACAUGAAUUCUAAUUCAAUUUUCUAAUUGAAGAUUAUAUGAAUUUAACCAUAAUGAUUCGCGUAAGGUUCAAAUGUUCACAUACCUUAUCUUUUAAUAGUCCCGUACAUAUUUACAUUUGAGAUUAUAUAAAUGCGGCCUUAAAUAAAUACCUACAUAAUCUUGGUAAGUAAAUUUCUCAAUGUAUAUGAUAUGGUAUCACUAUAUAGUGAAAUUAGGAUUUAGAUUGUUUGAGGAAAAAAUGUCCAUCACAACUCAUUAAAUCGCUGUCAAAUCCUGAUCAAUUAUCUACAAAAAAAAAUAUUACUAAUUGUUUAGUCCCUAUUUAUGAGAACAUAUUCAAUUCUUCAAUAGAUAGUAUUGUCACGUCGUAGGUCAAUAA